GUUACUGAUAGUCAGUUAGACUUCCCAGUAUCUAAUACAUUGGACUACUACAUCGAGUCGCUUGUCAGUCUUGGACACGAUUAAUGUUCUUUUAUUUGUAUCGGUGGUGAAAAAGUGAUAGUCAUUAUGUUUAGAUGUAAUAGUUUCACUUGGAAUGGCGUAACAGGUAUUGGAGUAUUGUUAUUGUGUUUUUAUCUUCAUCUUUGUGAUGCCAACAGAAAUCGAGUUAGACCAGCAUCUCUAACUGUUCGUCCACCACCGAUGAUUAAUGACCAGAUAGACGCAAAGUGUUGGAACUUUACCCAUGGUAAUUGGAAAAAAAUGGAAUUUUACAGUCCCAAUUAUCCUAAUAAUUAUCACAAUAAUUCAGAUUGUGUACAAUACCUGGAAGCUCCACCUGGAUUUAAGAUUCAAUUGGACUUCAGGGACCAGUUUGUUUUAGAAAAAUCCGAUGACUGUAAAUACGAUUACCUAGAAGUACGAGAUGGUCCCUUUGCUUACUCUGAUGUGAUUGGACGAUACUGUGAUAUUGCAUUCCCAGAAUUAAUAGAAUCAUCAUCGAGGUUCUUAUGGAUGAGGUUUAAAACGGAUGACCUACUUCAAUAUGGCGGUUUUAGGGCCGUUUACUCCUACGUUAAAGAUACAAGUGCCCAGAAAGAUGGCGGCCUUAAUGGAGCUUCACCAUCAACUUGUAGAAGUUAUAUAGAAGUUAAAAAUAAGAAUCGUGAUGGUGUUCUAUCAUCAGAUGAUAUACCAUUCUGGGAUACUGAUGCACCAGGAUAUCCCAAACAUAAACCUGUAGAUUGUACCUGGGAAAUACAUACUAUGAACGGGUUUGGGAUUUCGAUCAAUUCCCUGAACCUUGAGGUACCCAGUCCAGAACGAUGUGAUGAGAAUUUUGUAGCGUUGUAUAAAGGUUCAACUAGACAGAUUGAUAGAUUCAAGAAACAUUGUUCCAGUAGUCAGAUUGAAAUGAAGAGCAUUAAAAACAGAAUAUUUAUCAGAAUUUAUGGGCGACGCCUUUCUCUUAAACCUAAAUUGAAACUGGUUUAUUCCAUUUUCAGAAUAACUAAGACGGAUUUGAAAAAUGCAGCUAAUGCAGCUGCUGGAUAUGGUGAUGGCAGUAAAGUUGCCCAGAAGCCUUGCUUGUCAUCUGAGUUUAGCUGUGAUGAUCUCUGUUUGAGUAAAAAGCUAAUUUGUAACGGGGUUCCCAACUGUCGAAGUGGUAAAGACGAGCGCGGCUGUCAGAAUGCCAAAGUUGGUUCUAAUGAAGAUGAAUCGGAGUUACCUCUUCAUGUUAUUGUCCUUGGGGCGGUAGGGGGCGUAAUCUUCACUAUCAGCGUCAUUGUUAUUUGCGUGACGUGUAUACAACGCAGACGGCAAAAGAGAAAUGAAAAUGAAGCUUUGAAACAAAAGAAGUUGCAACAAAGAAAUGCUUUAGAAAUGGCUGUUUCCAACAGCUCGAACACUACAUUAUGCUUAUCCAAACACGGCAGUGGACAAGGCAGUCCCAAUCCCAACCAAUAUACAAAUUAUCCGCGGACUACUGUUCUGUCCAAGGAUAAUCCACAUCGAUACAGUUUGGGAAGUUCCGUUCAGCAUUCAUCCGAAGGUGACCCCAACGACCAGAUGUCCGAAUCGGGGAAUUACAAACGGUUCUUGAUGCUGGAUGUUACACCUGACGAGGAAUCAAGUCCCUGUCCUUCUGUGUACAGUCAGGGAGAACGGCAUCCGAUGCAAGACCAGAUGCGCUUCAGCGGACCCAAUUACACAGGGGGCAAUAACUGGAGGAAUGUACCAGAGGAAUGCGUCAUGGGUUACCCUUACAAUGCGUCCUUGACCCGUCCUAAUCCGAUUCUCACUCCAAUGUCGAAGCCGUUCACCUACAGUCCGGAUAAUAAAUACCUUAAACAAGGGAUGCAUCCGGAUAACAAAUACAAUAAAAGUCCAUAUCCGGACAAUAAAUUUAUGAAACCUUUAUCUCCUAGCGACAAUAAAUAUAUCAAAUCUUUAAAAACAUUGGACAGUGACAUCAUUGUAGAGAAUCCCACAGCGUAAUCCCGGAUUAUCUUCAUCCAUAGUGUACAUAGAUUAUGGUGUAUAUAUUUUGUGAGUGCUAUAUAAUUUGUGAAAUGUGUUUUUUUUUUAAAUAUAAAAAGCUCUUGUGGGUUAUAUGUCCCCAUAACUUUGGAUGCAGUAAUUAAUGUGCUGUUUCUCUCCAAUGAGAUGUGAACUGUGAAUAAGACUAAAGAGUCAUUAUGGGAGAUUAGAUAAAGAGCUGACAGUUCUCGCUAUAAUAGUUAAAAACUAGAUAAUGUAAAGGGGGCAUGCUUAAAAUAUCAGUCGCAUUGCUCCACUUUGAACCGAGAUAUUAGCGAUUGAAUUUUAGGCCUAGCCUCGAUUAUUAUAACUCAAGUCGGUACAAUAAAAACAUAGUCCCGAAUAUCCAUUUUUGGGUUAAAUCAUCAAUGAGUGUUGAGCAGCAGAUCGGAUUCAAAUCCAGUGAAAGUCUGACACAUAAGAUGACAUCGAGAGUUGAUUAAGGUCUGUUCAUGUUAAUAAAUGUCUAAUUAAUAAUUUAUAUAACAUUUAAGGCCGGCCUAAAGAAAGACCUGAAAUAAGCAGAUUUAGCUCUAGCGUAAUGUAUGUUUAAUAAUUAAUUAUUGUUUAUUUUUUAAUUUGAAAUAUAUCCAUAUGUUCAUUUCAUUCGACAUAGAAAUGCGAUGAAUUAAAUUCUUCAUUGUUUUCCUGGAUUAAAACGUCAUUUUAUAUCACUGAAUAUUACAAAGAAUAUAUCCAACAAUAACAGGAGAGAAUAAUCAAAAUGGCUAUGUACAUAUUUAUAAUGUUUGAAUUUUGACCUAAUCAUAAGUUUAAUUAAUAUAAUUGUUAUGUAUAUUAAACAGUAUUGUGGUGCUGAUACAUUUUAAAGCUUUAGAGGACUUGUUACGAAUUCCAAUUACAUGAAAUGAAAUGGGGUUUAACGUCCUACUGUUCUGCUCCGACGGGGUCAAUGAAGACGGGCUUACACCAUACAGUGUGUUAUGAGGGAAAUUUUGUGCGGAUAGCAGCACCAUGGUCUACUCUUAUAUGAAAUUCCAAUUGCUAGGGGUUCUUUUACGUGCACGCCAAGGUUUUUCGUCCCAACUACUAUACGUUGUAGCUUGUCAGACCCUCUAUCCCGAAAUCCAGUUACAGCGGACGAAUAUAGUAUAUUUCACGACUUGAUGAUGUUGUGCUUUAAUUUUUCAAACCGGAAUUAGUUUAAUUCAUCUGUUUGGUGCUAUUAUUAUUAAUGUAUAUAUUUGUAUAUAUCAGUUUUAUUGAUAUACAUCAGUCUGUGUAUUUUGUAUAAUUGUAAAUAGUGUGUUUGAAUAAAGUCUUCAAUCU